UCCAUAAUAAACUGAAGUGAAGUGGAGAACUGAAAAUCUUAGGAAGCCUUGUAUAAAUAAAUAUAAAUAAAUGCUGUUUUUCUUUUUUAGAACGGACCAAACGAAAUUAUAUGCGAUGCAAUUAAUCAAACCGAAUAAAUUAGCUUGUUUUUUUUAUUCUUUUCCAAGUGUCAUUGGAUGUUAGGGGAAAAAUCAUUGAAAAUUAUCGAUUGUAAUCUAAUAUUGGAAUAUGUCUGCAAAUGAAGAUGGCUUAGCAGUGAAAUUAAGCACAUACAUUGAAAGUAAUGUCCAAGUGAAAGUUCUUCCUACUGAAGAAACAUCGGAACCAAAUACUGAGACUUUCAACCAAAAGUGCUGUAUAUCUGAGCCCGAAGAUGAAACUGGGAAGAUUAAAAGUGAUAAAACCGAGCUUAGGAAUUCAAUUCCACAUGAACCUUCAAAAACAACAAACAGUAGCAAUAACAACGAUACAAAUAAAAGUCAAACCAAAUCAGUAGAAGUGAAUGUCGAUUUAGAACCCGAUUCGCCUAAAAGUUUAAAUGGUUAUUUCAAACAUAUGCAAUUAACUGUGCCAAAAAUCAAUUAUACUGAGAAAAUUGUCUUUUGUUUAGAUAUGUCAGCAGACAUGGAACAAGUACCUUUCAAACUUGGUGAUGGGUCUCAGCAUACACCUCUUAGCAUGGUUAAGAGAACUAUUGAAUUAUUUGUUGAAAACAAACAUUUCAUCAAUAGAAAGCAUGAAUUUUCUUUAAUGGUUCUCUAUGAAAAUGCAACUUGGGUUAGAGAAUUUACAAAUGAUCCCAAAGAAUUGAUUGACUCCUUACAGGAUUUAAAUGAAACUCAAGAUUGCACAAGCUGCGAUUUAGCAUCUAUUGUUACUCUAAUAACUGAUAAAUAUGAAAUGCGAAUUCCUCGCAAAAUUUCUUUGCUACCAUGUCUGUUUAGAGUUAUUCUAAUAUAUGGUCGAUCUAGCUGUAAGAUUCAUUUUUCUAAUGAAGAGGCUCGAGAUUUUCUUAUAAAUUAUCCCUUUUUCAUCUUGGAUAUAGUAUAUAUUCAUGAACCUCCUUCUCAUGAAAAUAAAUGUCAGGAAAUCUUUGAAACCUUGUGUGAUUUAGAUGAGCAUGAUAAAUCUUACAUUUAUGAAAUCACUCGUAAUACCACCAAGCUACACAACUCCAUGGCUAAAUUACUAACUCACCCCGUACAGCGAUGUGCUCAGAAGGACACCACAUAUUCAAUACGUUUUCCAUAUUCUCAAGAGAUGGAAUGAAAUUCUUUGUAAAAAAAUAUAAUCCUUUCUCUCAAAUUAUUUUUCAACUUUUAUGUGAUAAUAAACUUGCUUUAUUGUACAAAUGAA